AUGGCCGACGCUACCAAGGCCAUGGACGGUCUUGCAAUUUCCAAGACCAAGGAGCUGAAAGGCACUGAGAAGAGAGAUUCGUUAAUCGCCAUUGAGAAGAAGUACCAGAAGAAAUGGGCCGAAGACGGCGUCUUUCACACCGAUGCGCCGACCAUUGAGGAGAUUCCCCUCCAUUCCAUUUCCGCGAGCGAGUUGCGAGAGAAAUACCCCAAGUUCUUUGGCACGUCAGCCUACCCCUACAUGAACGGUACCAUGCACGCCGGCCACGCCCUCACCGUGUCCAAGGUCGAGUUCUCGGCCGGCGUCGCCCGCAUGCAGGGCAAGCGCGCUCUCUUCCCCAUGGGCUUCCACUGCACCGGAAUGCCCAUCAAGGCGUGCGCCGAUAAGCUUGUCAAGGAGAUUGGGAUGUUUGGCGACGACUUCUCCGGCUACAACGCCGAGGAGGAGGAGGCUGUGGAGGAGGCUCCCAAGCCCGCCGUCAAGCAGGUCAAGGAGGACCCGACCAAGUUCAAGGCCACCAAGGGCAAGGCCAACGCCAAGACUAUCAAGGCCAAAUACCAGUUCCAGAUUAUGAAGUCCAUUGGCGUGCCUCUCAACGAAAUCCACAAGUUUGCCGACUCGAGCCACUGGCUUCAAUACUUUCCUCCCCUCACCAUCCGCGACUUGACAGAUUUCGGCUGCCGCAUCGACUGGCGCAGAACCUUUGUCACCACCGACGCCAAUCCCUACUACGAUGCCUUUGUCCGUUGGCAGAUGAACCGCCUCCGCGAGCUCAAGAAAAUCAAGUUCGGCAAGCGCUACACCAUCUAUUCCAUCAAGGAUCGCCAGCCCUGCAUGGACCACGACCGCGCCGAAGGCGAGGCUGUCAACCCUCAAGAAUAUACCGCCCUGAAACUCAAGGUCCUUGAGUGGUGCGAAAAGGCUGCCGAAAAAGUCAAGGCCGGCCUUCCCGCCAAUGCCAAUGUCUUCCUCGUACCAGCCACACUACGACCCGAAACCAUGUACGGUCAGACGUGCUGCUUCGUCGGCCCUAAGAUCAACUAUGGCAUCUUCAAGGUUAACGAGACAGACUACUACCUGAUCACCGAGCGUGCUGCCCGCAACAUGGCCUACCAGGGUGUUUUUGCCCAGGAGGGUGUCAUUGAAAAGGUCAUGGACAUUGUUGGAACUGACCUUGUCGGUACCCUCGUGGAUGCCCCUCUCUCUCUGCACAAGGAAGGCGUCCGCGUCCUACCUAUGGACACCGUUCUCCCAACCAAGGGUACCGGUGUCGUCACUUCGGUCCCAUCUGACAGCCCUGACGAUUUUGCCACGGUCACUGACCUGGCUAAGAAGGCCGACUACUAUGGCAUUAAGAAGGAGUGGGCCGAGCUCGAAAUCUUCCCCAUUAUCGAGACCCCCUCCUACGGCGAUCUAUGCGCCCCCUUCCUCGUCAAGAAGCUCAAGAUUGCGUCCCCCAAGGACACUAAGCAGCUUGAGGAGGCCAAGGAGCUCGCGUACAAGGAGGGCUUUUAUCAAGGUAUCAUCAAGGUUGGCGCUUACAAGGGCGAAAAGGUCGAAGUCGCCAAGCCCAAAGUCCGCGCCGACAUGAUUGCGGCCGGUCAGGCCUUUGCCUACUCUGAGCCCGAGCGCAAGGUUGUUUCCCGUUCUGGCGACGACUGCAUUGUCUCCCUUAUGGACCAGUGGUACCUCGACUAUGGUGAGGAGGAGUGGAAGAAGACUGCUCUCGGAUGGGUCGAAAACGGAUUGGACUCCUUCUCGGCUGAUACUAAAAAUGCUCUUGAGGGCGUCCUCGACUGGCUCAACCAGUGGGCUUGCGCUCGCUCAUUUGGUCUUGGCACCAAGCUCCCAUGGGAUCCUCAAUUCAUUGUUGAGAGUUUGAGUGACUCGACCAUUUACAUGUCGUACUAUACUGUUGCCCACUUUUUGCACAGCGAUCUAUUCGGUAGCAAGCCUGGCAAGUUUAGCAUUUCCGCUGACCAGAUGACCGACAAUGUCUGGGACUACAUUUUCUGCCGCCGCGACUUUGAUGAGUCUGUCCUCAAGGAGUCCAACAUUUCGCGAGAAAACCUCGAGAGUAUGCGUCGUGAGUUUGAGUACUUUUACCCUCUCGACAUGCGUGUCUCUGGCAAGGAUCUCCUGCCCAACCACUUGACCUUUUUCCUCUACAUCCACUUGGCCAUGUUCCCACAGGAGUACUGGCCCCGUGGUAUCCGUGUCAACGGCCACUUGACUUUGAACGGUGAAAAGAUGUCCAAGAGUACCGGCAACUUCCUUACUCUUCAGGAGCUUGUGGCCAAGUUUGGCAGUGACGCUUCGCGUAUUGCCAUGGCUGACGCUGGUGACGGUAUUGGUGACUGCAAUUUGGAAGAGGACGUCGCAGACAACAACAUUUUGCGUCUGUACAACCUCCGUGAGUGGUGCGAGGAGAUGAGCAACGCCGAGGCUAGCCUUCGUGAAGGUGAAGUCAAUGACUUUCAGGAUGCUCUCUUCAUUAACGACAUGAAUGCCCUUGCACGCGAGUCGGUUCAGCAGUACAAGGAUACCAACUUCAAGCUUGCCCUCAAGGCUGGCCUGUACGAGCUGGUGACGGCGAGAGAUUUCUAUCGCGAGGCCUGUGCGGCCGCCAACAUCAAAAUGCACAAGCAGACGGUCCUGCGCUACAUCGAGCUGCAGGCUCUUCUUCUGGCCGUCGUCGCACCCCACUGGGCUGAGUACAUUUGGCUCGAGGUGCUCAAAAAGGAAAAGUCUAUCCAGUACGCGACAUUCCCAGAGGUGGACGAAGUUGACGCUGCGCUGUCGGCCAAGCGCGAGUACGUACGCAACACGGCAUCCAACGUCAACUCGGCCGAGGGCCAGCAGCUGAAGAAGAAGCUGAAGGGGAAGGAGACGGCGUUUGAUCCCAAGAAGCCCAAGAAGCUGACUAUUUACUUGUCGGAGACGUUCCCGGCAUGGCAAGCCAAGUACCUGGAGCUUCUCAAGGAGAUGUGGGACCCGGCGACAAACUCGGUCAACGACAAGGAGCUGAAUGGGAAAAUUGGCAAGAUGGGCGAGAUGAAGAAGGCAAUGCCGUUUGUGCAGGCGCUGAAGCGUCGCCUGACGAUGGGCGAGCCCGCGUCGGUGGUGCUGGAGCAGAAGCUCGCGUUUGACGAGAAGAAGACGCUCCUGCAAAUGGUGCCGAGCUUGAAGCGCGGUGCCGUCUUGGCGGAUCUUGAGCUCUUGGCGGUGGAAGAGGGCGGCAAGAAGGGAACGAGCCUCUUGGACGGCAAGACGGUGGAGAUUAACAAUGUGCUCGCCGAAAAUGCGGUGCCUGGCAACCCUACGUUUGUGUUUGAGAAUAUCGAGGCGUAG